GAUGGCUGAGCUUUGUGUUUAAGCAGAGGAGAAGCGCAGUCACAAUGCUGCUCAUCCAAGUUGCUUGUUGCAGGUCUGCAGAGAGCGACCGCGUGGGUAACAUCACCGUGAUUGGCUGGCAGAUGGAGGAGAAGUCAGACCAACGGCCCCCCGUGACCCGGUCCCUGGACACUGUCAAUGGGAGGAUGGUUCUGCCCGUUGAUGAGAGUUUGACCGAGGCUUUGGGAAUCCGAUCCAAAUAUGCUUCAUUGAGAAAAGACACUCUACUGAAAUCGGUGUUUGGCGGUGCCAUCUGCCGCAUGUACCGGUUCCCAACCACCGAUGGCAACCACCUGCGGAUCCUGGAGCAGAUGGCAGAGAGCGUGCUCUCCCUGCAAGUGCCACGGCAGUUCGUGAAGCUCCUGCUGGAAGAAGACGCAGCCAGAGUGUGUGAGCUGGAGGAGUUGGGGGAGCUGUCCCCUUGCUGGGAGAGCCUCCGGCGCCAAAUUGUCACCCAGUACCAGACCAUAAUCCUCACGUACCAGGAGAACCUGACCAACCUCCAUCAGUACAAAGGUCCCUCAUUUAAAGCAAGCAGCUUGAAAGCAGAUGAAAAGUUAGAAUUUGUCCCUACAAACUUGCACAUACAAAGGAUGAGAGUUCAAGACGAUGAAGGAUCAGAUCAGAACUAUGACAUCGUCACUAUUGGGGCACCAGCAGCACACUGCCAAGGUUUUAAGUCAGGAGGUCUCCGCAAAAAGCUGCACAAAUUUGAAGAGACCAAGAAACACAGUUUUGAGGAGUGUUGUACAUCAUCUAGCUGUCAGUCCAUAAUCUACAUACCACAGGACAUCAUCAGAGCCAAGGAGAUCAUCGCCCAGAUCAACACCCUGAAAACCCAAGUUAGUUACUAUGCUGAGCGGCUCUCAAGGGCAGCCAAGGACAGAUCCGCCACUGGCCUUGAGAGGACACUUGCCAUCCUGGCAGACAAGACCCGGCAGCUGGUCACAGUCUGCGACUGCAAGCUGCUGGCCAACUCCAUCCACGGGCUGAAUGCCGCACGGCCUGACUACAUUGCCUCCAAGGCCUCCCCCACCUCGACUGAGGAGGAGCAGGUGAUGCUUAGGAAUGACCAGGACACCCUCAUGGCCAGGUGGACAGGCAGAAACAGCCGAUCUUCCCUGCAGGUGGACUGGCACGAGGAGGAGUGGGAGAAAGUGUGGCUAAACGUUGACAAGAGCCUGGAGUGCAUCAUUCAGCGGGUGGACAAGCUGCUGCAGAAGGAGCGUCUGCAUGGUGAGGGCUGUGAGGAUGUCUUCCCCUGUGCGGGCAGCUGCACCAGCAAGAAAGGUAACCGGGACAGCCAUGCCUACUGGAUCAGACCGGAGGACCCCUUGUGCGAUGCCCCUUCCUCGCCAUGCCCCUCCACCAUGCCCGCUGCUGCAUGCCAUCCUCACCUGACCACACAUUGCAGCCCCCCUCCUGAAGAGGCCAGCCCAGGUGAAUGGAGCGAGGCCCUUUACCCGCUGCUGACCACCCUCACAGACUGCGUAGCCAUGAUGAGCGACAAGGCCAAGAAGGCGAUGGUCUUCCUGCUCAUGCAGGACAGCGCUCCCACCAUAGCCACCUACCUGAGCCUGCAGUACCGCCGCGAUGUGGUCUUCUGCCAAACCCUGACCGCUCUCAUCUGUGGUUUCAUCAUCAAGCUGAGGAACUGCCUGCACGACGAUGGCUUCCUGCGGCAGCUCUACACCAUCGGGCUGCUGGCACAGUUUGAGAGCUUGCUGAGCACCUACGGUGAGGAGCUGGCAAUGCUGGAGGACAUGAGCCUUGGAAUCAUGGACUUGAGGAACGUGACCUUUAAAGUCACUCAGGCUACUUCUAAUGCAUCAACUGACAUGCUGCCCGUCAUCACAGGAAAUCGCGAUGGCUUUAAUGUGCGGAUCCCUCUGCCAGGCCCGCUGUUCGACGCUCUGCCCCGGGAGCUCCAGAGCGGCAUGCUGCUGCGCGUGCAGCCCGUCCUCUUCAACGUGGGCAUCAACGAGCAGCAGACCCUGGCCGAGAGGUUUGGCGAUACAUCUUUACAAGAAGUCAUCAAUGUGGAGAGUUUGGUGCGGUUAAAUUCCUACUUUGAGCAGUUUAAGGAAGUCUUGCCUGAGGACUGUCUACCUCGAUCUCGAAGUCAGACGUGCCUGCCCGAGCUGCUGCGUUUUCUGGGUCAGAACGUGCAUGCCCGCAAGAAUAAGAAUGUCGACAUUCUCUGGCAAGCUGCUGAGAUCUGCCGCCGCCUUAACGGGGUCCGGUUCACCAGCUGCAAGAGUGCCAAGGACCGCACGGCCAUGUCGGUGACACUGGAGCAGUGCCUGAUCCUGCAGCACGAGCACGGCAUGGCCCCGCAGGUGUUCACCCAGGCCCUGGAGUGCAUGCGCAGCAUUGGAACACGGGAGGUAGUCACCCAGAAGAACUUGAGCGGCCUGGUGCCCAUCCGAGACUUAAGGCUAGACCCCAGCCUCCUCUGUUCCAUUCCUUUAUUAGCUCUGAGCCCCAAUUUACUGAUUGUGUGGCUCUUUCUGAGCAUAGUGUACCUGGUGACCAAAUUGCGUUGCAAAUGAAUAUCAUUAUGAAAAAUUAAUGUCACAAGCAAACAAACGUGCCAGAACAUGUCCAGCCACCGUGUACCUAACUGGACAGAAGGAAUGUGUCAAAGCGUGGUCUGCCAAGAAAUAUCUCAUGCCUUACAGUUUGACAUUUUGUUCUUCUGAACUGUAAAUACCUGCCAAAUUAUUUCACCAAGAGGACUUGUUCGUUUGAGUCACGCAGUGUCUUCAGUGCUUAUAACAUGUUCUUACGGUGCCCUGUUCUGCAUCAUUUAGCUGGCCUGGAAUUACUUGUACCAAAUCUCUUACCUUCUGAUGUAAAACUAUUUAUUACCUGUAUAUCUUAUGUGCCCUGUUUCCAAGAGCAAGGAAUUCUGUCGGAUAACAAUUUGUAUAUUUGAUACUAUUUUCUUUAAGUGUACUGCUAACCUUUCCUUUCCUUUUGAAGAGAAAUGAAAAAGAUAGACGCUUUAUAACUGGCUCAUCUAGAUAAACCUAUCUAAUAGGACAUGUACUUUCUGCUUUCAUUUCAAAGCGUAGUCCCUGAAUUAUAGUAGCAAACAGUUUGCAGAACCGUAACAUUUUCUCGCUUAUGUUAUUAUUUCCAAUUGGGGAUGACAGAAAGCUGUGACUACAAUAGCAUAUCACACCAAGUCAGGCACAUAAAGGUGACACACUACAUGUGACUUUAGAUUUCCUCUUAGCUCUGUAAGGAUCAUUAAACUGAUUCCAAGAAUUAAUGCAUAUAGUAACAGAAGGCUGUUGAAAUUAUACAUAUUUAUUUUUCUUGAAAUAGCAUUUGUCACUUAAAAAAAAUACAUCUUUAAUUCCAGAUUAUAGUUCAGGCUUGUUUUCUCUCUUACUAAUCAAAUAUGGUUAAUAGUGGGGAAAAAAAAAAAAUCAAAGAAAAUUUACCGAAAAGUGAGGCUUAGCUUUUGGGUGGCUGUGGCAGAUGGAGCUGUGAGAGAGAAAGGCUCACUUUGGUUUCUGCUCUUAUCACUCUUACUUUUAACAUGGCAGUGGCCCUAAAAUGGGAUGACUGGUGACCUUAACAUUCAUAUGUGGCAGAGGAUAACUGUACAUCUAUAAAGGUAAUCAAAUAUAUUAGGGGAAAAUUCCACACACUCUGUAUAAGUAAUAGUGGCUUCUCUGUUUUCUAGUUCGUAUUAUGUUGUGCUUGUUUUCAGCCUUCAGCUGGUUCCCCAUAUGCUGUAUUUUAUGAAAGUGGAUUUCUUUUUGCCAGUCUAGAAAAAUUGCAGUGAUUUAGAGAAGCUGGCUUUUCCAGAAACUGGACACUCAUGCAUGCACACAAACCCAGUUUGCCACAAAAUCUGGCCUCUCUGCAAGACUUCAAGACCUUACUCUGGGCUUCCUCUGGUUUGGCAUCAGCUCAGAGGCCAUCACCAUCACACCCCGGGAAAACCCUCUUUCUAGACCUCCUGAGCAGGCUCCCUAGGGAGGCACCACCUUUGUAGGUGAGCCCCCUUUUCCACAGUGCAGUGUUUGCUCAUCUCUUCUAGAAUAAAUGAGGUGGCUGUCCUGUAGCACAGCUGCUGACACCCUUCAGUAGGGAGUCUCUCACCGAAUGCCAACCGACUGGUCGUGUUGUAGCAACACGACAUUAAGCACUGGACACUAUCCUGUCCAGUCUGUGAGUCUUUGAAAGGUGUGUUUGCCACUUGCUCUCUUUCAUGUCAACAUGUGCACUCCCACUCUAAGACCUACUUGUGUGCUUUGCUUGAAAAGGGGAAAGUAGAGUCCACAGCUUCUCUGUCCCUGUCUGGGGUAACACACCCCUGAUGCGUGUGGUGGUGACAUGUGUGCAUGUCCACCUCCAGGGCAGAGUUAGCGGUCAUGCAGACACCGUGCCCAGCUGAGGGAGGCCCUCAGACUACAGACGGUGGCCCUCCCUCCCCCAGGGUGCUCUGUGAUGCUCUCCAGGGGUCCUGCCAGGACCCCAGCGAGGGUGCCUGAAGGACACCACAGCCAGAUCCUCACUGUCGUGGUGCCAGCCACACUUGCCUGUCCUGUGUGGGUUUGGCUUUUGGAUUGAGACAAAUAGAAUGGGAGGGAGGAUGAGCCUCUUUGUUCUCUCUUCCAGGGGCUGGUCCAAAAGCAGCGUGCUCUCCCCGUGCACUUCCCAAGGGCUAGUCCUAGAAAAGAGCCAGCAGGAAGCCAGCCGAGGCAGUGGCUCGAGUUUUUUCUUAAAACUAUCUGAGGAAAGAAACUCAGUAUGCUCACUCUUUAUGCUGAAUUUCAAUGUGACUAAGGCCUUUUGCUCAUGAAAUGAGGCCAAAUACAUAUCCAAAGUCUUGUCUGCUUCAGUGAGAAAGAGGCAGGAUGAAGCAAAGAUGGGGAGACAAGUCCAGAAAGGGAAGUCACUGACGGUUGGUGGUGGUUUUUAGGUUGUUCCUAAUGUUAGUGCAGAGGCAUGUCAAUGUCACCAACUCUAGAUGUUCAGUAUUAAGUCAGCGUUCUGAAGUCAGAGAAACCAUACUCAGGAGGUUUUCCCUUUGGGAGGUCUUAUAAAAUAGUUGUAUACAUUUUUCAACUAGUGUGUCAGUCACUGUUUACUCCCAUGGCUUGGCCCAGAUAGAUCUUAACAAAGUGGCACAAAGUGACAGGAGAGGCAGCCACUCUCUCUGUCUGCCACAGAGCCACCAAGAGACUUGAUGCGUCCAGAUGAGUUCUAAAGUGGAAGGACCCCACCAGAAAGGGAAAACCAGAGUUUUCCUUAAAAUUAGUUGUCAGUUGAGGUUUCCAUUCUAAGUUUUCAUUUCAAAACUGGAUGUCCUUGAAAAGAAAUUAUUGAUAUAAUAAAUAAUCAUGUAGCUUUGAAAUAAUCAAAUCCCUCCUGCUAAAAUCUAUCCAAGAUCUUCUCAACUUGAGUUAUUGAAAAACUUAUGCAGCUAGUGUGGUCAGCGGGAGUGUCCUGCCCCAGGGUGGCAGGCUGGCCCAUCACCACACGCCCACCACCCCAGCACGCCCUCGCCAUCUCUGCCCGCUGCACGCAGCCU